UCAACCGAUUGAUACAGCUGUUUAUUCUCUUCUUCUUCCGCAAAAUUGAAAGGAUGGCACUGCGUGUUUUUGGCCUAAAUAUAGUGAAAACUAAAAGGAAUCUGCUGCAAAAUGCAUGCAAAUUCAGUGCGCCGGUCGCAGGCUACAUGGCAGCGGCACCAUUUGCCACCGAAGUGACCGUCCAGGCUGCCCCGGCGGCUGUCCAAAAGCAAAGGGUGAGCAAGGCCAUGCGGGCGUACCUGAAAAGAGCCAACGAACACGACGAGUUUAUGAAGACCCAGCAUCUGGAGUUCCAGAUCGGAAAGCGGCACCUGGCCAACAUGAUGGGCGCCGAUGCGGAGACGUUUACCCAGGAGGACAUAGACGAGGCGAUAUCCUAUCUGUUUCCCUCCGGCUUGUACGACCAAAAAGCCCGCCCGGCAAUGAAGUCACCCGAGGUUGUCUUUCCCGCCCGCAAGGCCGCGGAAUUUGAUGAGACGGGCAGACCAUUCCACAGUAUGUUCUACACCGGCAAGCCCAACUUUUUCCAAUUGCUUCAUGACAUUGUGGAAGAAACUAACAAGCUGGCGGAUCUGGAGGAGCGCAUGCUUCGGCGCGGCAAUAAGCCCGAUGACAACCAGAAGCUUGGCAUUGCCGGCUUUCAGUUGCUGCCAAAGGACCAGUUGGAACUUUUGCUAGUUGAGAGCAUUGCAGAUAUCGAGUACUCCAACUUUACCAAGUCCAUGGAUCGACUGAUCGCAUCGCCAUAUGCUUAUAAAAGCAAAGCAUUUAUCGAGCGAUAUUUGAAACCGCUGAUGGACCAGUCCAAGCAGUUGGAGGUGCCCAAACCAAGGAUAGAUGAAGAGGGUCGCCAGUACAUCACCACCUACGAGUGCCUGCGCAAAACUGCUAGAGCCGAUGUCACAGUACGGCUACCCGGAACAGGAAAGAUCAGCAUUAACGGAAAAGAUAUUUCAUACUUUGAGGACGAAAACUGCAAGGAACAGUUGCUCUUCCCGCUGCAAUUUAGCGAGCUGCUUGGCAAAGUCGAUGUGGAGGCUAACGUCGAGGGAGGCGGACCUUCCGGUCAGGCUGGAGCCAUCCGCUGGGGCAUCGCCAUGAGUUUGCGCAGCUUUGUCGAUCAAGAGAUGAUUGAGUCAAUGCGUCUAGCCGGCCUGCUAACACGUGACUAUCGCCGUCGGGAGCGUAAGAAGUUCGGACAGGAAGGAGCACGCCGCAAGUACACGUGGAAGAAGCGCUAGACGGUCACGUGCAUCUACAACUAGGCUGCAUUUUAUAUCGAAGUGUUUUAUUAAUAAAUAUAUAAACUAUGUUAA